AUGGCUGAAUGAUAUAUAUAUUUGUACGAUGGGUUUUCAAGAAUCCCUAGAAGGCUUAAAUGGUGAUUGAUUACAAGCCAAACAUAGAAAUACAUUUGACCUGUUGCUUCAAUGGAACUGGUUUAACUAUACCAGUGUCUUUCUUAUAUGCAUCUUGUAUAUGAACUUAGAGGAGUAACCUGGCUUGUGUUCUUCUGUGAGACAUUGUAGCAUAUGCUGUAUUUGUGUGUUUUUAUGUUAUCUAUAUAUAUAUAUAUAUAUAUAUAUGAUUGUGUAGCUAGAAGUUGUAUCCUUGUUCUUGGUAAGUGCUUGUGCCUCAUGUAUUUGGACUUCCUCUGUUUCAUCUGCUGCUAUUUAUUUUGACACUUAUGUUAGGAUUUUCCUUGAGAAAAACUGUACUUGUAUGAUCUUGGGUGCUUAUGUAAGUGAUGAGUAAGAUAAUAAGUGAAAAUUUUGAUGUAUUUCAACAUGAUUUUUUUAUAAAUAGUGUGGAAAUAAUAUUGAAAAUGUAAAUGAACAUUGCCACAUUUUGUGCUUGUCUGGUUUUUUACCACAACUUUGUUGUUAGGAGCAAAGAGUUUGGUGGUGCCAUGGGCCUCAAGCAAUUGAGGAAUUGUCUAAAAGUGAAUGCCACAACAAACAGAAAAUUGAAACUGGUUUGAGCACAAUACAACAAAUAGAACUCUUACAGCUCCAUAUCCUAUGAGAAAUAGAAUCCACAGCCACCAAACCCCCCAGUUCAUACCGAUAUCCAUGGCUUCUUCACCACGUCGUCGAUCAAGUUCAAGAGAUUCAAUAAUCGAAAGAUCUGAAAAUUAUGGAAGAAGCAGUAGUCCCAGAGACGACAAUCGAAUCUUUAGGGACGACGAUCCUGUGGAUUUUUCUGUUUUCGAAAGCGCCGAUGAAGUAUUUUUCAACGGGGCGAUUCCCUUAACCAUACCAAAGAUUGCUCUCAAGAUCAUACCAGAGGAGCCGUUGGUUUCUCCAGAUGUAUUGGGCUCAAGAAUCAACGUCCUCCUCAGGCUUAUAGCACCUUCCAUGUCGAGUUAUCCUGACAUUUGUGCAACUCCGACUGUCGACAUAGUUAUGGUGAUUGAGGUGACUAGAAACCUUAGCGAUGCCAAUUUAGGUCAUCUGAAGCGUGUUGUUGAGUUUGUUAUAGACAACUUAGGCGAACGGGACCGGCUCUCCAUAGUCUACUUCGGCACCUUUGCCAAGCGAAUAUUACCCCUGACUUUGAUGAAUGAAGUCGGCAGGGACGUAGCCAGGUUUGCUCUUUCACUUAUGGAUGCUCAAGGUUGGACUAACAUCGUGCAAGGCCUAACGAUGGGGGCCCGGGUUCUUGAAGACAGAUAUUACAUGAAUUGGACUACGGGCAUUAUUUUCUUGUCGAGCGGAAGAGACAAUUGUUACUGCAGCGUGCAAGAUCGAGAUUCAGGGAAUGGGAGGAAGCCCGAGUAUCUGAAUCUAUUGCCUAUCUCAAUCUGUCGACAAAGGAUGAGACCCGGCGAUCCUGAACCUCCUUUUCCUGUAUAUGCGUUUGGACUUGGUUUAGAACAUGAUCCGAUUGCACUGCACGCUAUAGCUUCAUCAUCCGGUGGGACGUACUCAUUUGUCGAGUCCUACGAUGCCUUACAAGGCGCUGUUGCGAGGUGCCUUCGAGGAAUCCGCAACACUGUCGCUCAAAAUUGUAUUCUAAGGUUUGCGACAACAGAGCAGCUGCAGGUUGUAGCAAUCUUUUCAGGAAGGCAUCCGAAGCAUCUUGUUACAGACCGUGGCGAAAUCUACAUCCCGGACAUAUAUGCCGACGAGGUAAAGGAUUUCCUCGUCACACUGGAAAACAAGAGAGCGAAAAAAAUGAAUAUAUGCAGAGAAGUGAAUGCAUUUUAUAAGUACGACGACAUAGUAUCUAAGAAGCGAAUACGGCUGUGUUGUUCGAGGAGCAUCUUCCGGCCAAAGAUUCACUACAUCAAACACUAUGUACCGUAUUUGACACUUAUUCAACAGAGGGAUCGUCUGUGCGUCGCCGAGGCCAUUGCAACAGCACUGUCGUGGUUCGAAAGGGGCGAAAUGGCGCAAGGUCAAGAGAUACUAAAUCAAUGGGAGCAGAAUAUUGUUAAGAGUAAAGAGACACUGAUGGAGUGGAGACUAAGUCUUGCUGCAAAGCACAUCCUGUCUAAUGAUACGCUGUACGAAUGGCUUUUAGAAGACAUAAAAGAAAUAAGAGCAAGAACCGAGAGUCGGGAGGGGUAUGAGAACGGUGGACGAAACUACGCCCUCUCGUUUUUGAGCUGUCAUAAUGUUCAGAGGGCCACGACUAGAAGUCGAAAACUUCCGGGGGCUGUUUCUGCUAACGCCUAUCUAGCUCCCGAUGUUGCUUAUAAAUAAUGAAGUCCACCUCGGCACAGCGACAGCAGCUUUAACCGUCUAUAGAUGACAGCACGGCGCCGUGGUUUUGCAUAUAAAGGGACUUAGCUCGUGUAGUUGUAAUUGACAUCUUCGACCUCGACUUGGACAGAUUUUAGUUUUAGUUUGGGAAUUUUGAUUGGUUCGUACUUCCUUUAUUUUGUAACGAGAAUAGCGACCACUGCUGGGUGAAAUAGUCAUUUACAUCAUCUAAUAUAGUAUAAGAGUUCAUUCCAAAAAAAUUCGAGUCCCAAAUUCUCCUAACAAAUUUGAUAACAGUGCGGGUUGACAUUUCAAUAUUCAAAGGAGAGAAGUACAUCUAGUGGCUGCUCGAACCACAUGUCGGGUGUCAAAUCUCUCUUCGAAGAACUUGAUGAAAUGCAACAAGCUAGGAGUGGUUCUCGACUUGGAGAUGGAAAAGAAAUGCACGUGGAAGGAAAACGAACAAUUUCCAUCAACACAAUACAAAUACAAGGUGAUGUUAGACAUCUCCGCAACGUGCAAUUUAUCCCAACCUUAGCCCGUAAUAUGCUAAGUUUCGGACAAUUGAUGUCAAGUGGGUAUUAUAUUGUGUUUGACAAUGUA